AUGAUCAACCACCGUGAACCAUGGGCCCAACCAACUCGUAAAAUUUCAGUUUCAUGCAUAUUCUUUUCGUCCUUCUUUCCGCUUGAACUUAUAGGUGAACAUGUUAAAAGAAGUAAGGACGCAUCGGAGCCAGCGCGAGCAGGGUCCACAAUAGCAGAAACAACGGACAAAGACGGAGGUGCGCACGCGUCCACUCCAAUCCACACACAGCCGACACCAACACCAUCAACAGGAACAGAGACAGCAGGAACAGGAGCAACUACGGGAACAUCUGGUGAUGGUGCCAAGGGAGACCCUGGUACUGCGCAGACUGUUCCGGUGGCGCCAGAUACUACGGCACCUAAACCGCACGAUGACGAUCGCGCCACAAAGGGCACAGAUAUUGUUUCCGCAGCGAAUGGUGAUAAUAAUACGGAUCCUUUCGGUAGUGCCGAUUACUGCAUGGUCGAUGGGAAAAAGAAAGACGACGACAGUGAACAGUGUCAUGCAAUAAUCGGUGGGGGCCGACGUGCAGCCAGCACUAGAACUGGUGCUGCAGGUGCUCCUACAGGACCAAGUGCGCAAGCUGAACGAGGUGGAGCCGCGGGC